UUCAUUUCACACUCACAGAGACUGUCGAAGAGGAUCAUUGGCAGGUUUCCACAUGUGUGGAUGAAGAAGCACUGUGGCGAUCCAAGGCUGAGUACCGAUUACUCACCCGUUUUGCUUGGCAUGUUCAGCUGUGACAAAGCAUAACGCUGAGAACCGUUGGAGAAGAACAACAACACAGCAGAAGGCCUGGAGAAACACGCAACGCCACAGAAGGAGUUCCUGAAGACAAACAGAACAGAGGACAGCCUCGCGGGAGAAGCAGAGGGGGAGUGGAGAGAUAUAUUGGGGGAAAGAGAGAAUCACUGGAGAUAUUCAGAGAAGGAGUGAAGGAUCCCAUAAAGGAGAGAAGAGAAAAAAACGUGGCCAAGCAUGAGAGAGGAGGAGCAGUCUAAUGAUGACCACCUUGAGGGAGGGGGGGUUUCCAGCGAGGAGAACACGGUAAGACCACCAUCUAACGCCUGUCCUGUUGUCGUAGCCACGCCAGGGGUCACCGGGCGUAAACGGCAGACGGGCUCACACACGGAGGAUCACGUUACGACAGUUACUCCCACCACAUCGGCACACGACGGCAAGAUCAAGCCAGUGGAAGACAUCCAGAUCUACACGCUGACUGGACCAAAAAGACUCAAAAAGAGUCCUCAACAUCGGCCGCCUUCUUUGGGCCCAUCCCUCUCUCCUGGCCCCGAUGAUCUCUCAUCCCUCGAGGACCCACACGGCCAGCGGGUGAUCGCCAACAUCCGGGAGCGCCAGCGGACACAAUCUCUAAACGACGCCUUUACGUCGUUGCGUAAAAUAAUCCCGACGCUCCCCUCCGACAAACUGAGCAAGAUCCAGACCCUUAAAUUGGCGUCGCGCUACAUUGACUUUCUGUACCAGGUUCUGCAGAAUGACGAGAUGGACACUAAGGUGGCUGGAUGUAACUACCUGGCCCACGAGAGACUGAGCUACGCCUUCUCUGUGUGGAGGAUGGAGGGGGCCUGGUCGACCAUGUCUGCUGGUCACUAGCCCUGCCUGAAAGCAAGGUUCGUCUUUUGACUGUUUGCCCGAAAACAGAUGGUGAAGUCCACACUAUAGGGAAAUAUUCUUACUUGACACAGAGGGUUGAAGAGAAAUCUGAACUGUGUCUGCUCACCAGCGGACUAUCUAGCACCUCAGUUUAGAUAAUCUGUUUGCGUCAAGGAUGAUGGAAAGACUAUUUGACACUCAAGCAUGAUCAUUUUGACGGAGCUGAUUUUUAAGCCACUAUCACUUCGUGAAGUGAUUUCAUCGUUGUCUAGCAACAUAGCAGAUGGAUUCUAAUAAUUCUAUUGUUUUGCUUGCCAAAAGCAGCUGUUACUACUCAAGGGAGCCAAUGAUAAUGUUGAAGAAAAGAAUCAAAACAGGGACAUUCUGCUCAGUGUAUGAUUCCUAGCUCUUUUUUAUUUUUAAGACGCCAUCACUAUCGUCAUCUUCAUAGAUAUGCAUACUUUGAGCCACAUUUAAACUUCAUUUAAUACUUAUAUUUAACUUUAUUUCUGCCUCAGGCUAGCAAGUGUAUGAAGUUGUGUGUAAUAUUUAAAGAGCAGCAACAAGAAAAUGCAGAGAAAGAAUUCGAGGAAAGUCAGGACUGGAAAGACAAAAUUGGAUGUUCCAAGAGAGAUUGGACCUUUGACUUCUUCGUACCCUUUCAACCCCCACUUUGCCAAGACUGACAUAUCAUGAAUCCCUGGCCGGCCCUGAACACAAGCGACGGUGGAAAAAGUAGCCACGGGCAGCCGUCGUUCUGACUUAAGUUUCUCUUCGUUGUACCCAAACCAAGCCCCUUUGUUUCUUCUGGUGCCAAAAAAAACUCUCUUCUUGAAAUUCUUUCCUCUCGUUCUGGCCCAAAUUUGCUUGCGUUGCACGAAACUGUGAUGCAGCUACAGCGAGCUGACGAGGAGGCGUAAUGAAAAUAAACUGCCUCGAAAAAGCCAUGAAUCAUGUGUGUCACCAUCAAAGGGGAGGCUGAUGUGGCUCCCCGCUGGGCUCCCAUAAACCACUGGAAGUGAUGGAGGAGCUGCUGAGUAGAGUGACUGUGAUCGUCCCUACAGUUCUGCUCCAUUACUGCCGUUCUCAUCACAUGGACUUUGAUGCAAA